CCAGAGGACUAUGGGAGCUUGGAUGAGAUUUGUCCAAGGCAUUUCAGAAGACUUCUGAAGAGUUGACACAUCUGAGUACCGAAGAUGAGCUCUUGUUAGCAAGCCUAGAGGAAAUGCUGUAAAGAUUGUUCAAGGCAGUCUACUGAUACAUGAGCUUCCAGAGGUUGACCUGGUUAGGUUCGGCAGGAACUUCUGGUGUUUGAAUUUGCAUCUGAGAGCAAACUAGGAGACAUUAGAAAAACCUACCUGUGUGAUGCCUUGUGACAAGGCCCCCAGAUCAUUAGCCAGUUUUCCUUUAAGGAACUGGUGGCUGGCCCUAUAUAUAGGCAGCUCCGAAACCACGCAGCGGCUGGAGAGCGUGAACUCCCGCCCCGGAAAUGACGCACUGCCCUGCUGGCGGUGCGGAAGUGGAGAUGGCGGAGCUGUAUGUGAAGCCCGGCAACAAGGAACGCGGCUGGAACGACCCGCCGCAGUUCUCCUACGGGCUGCAGACUCAGACUGGUGGACCCAAGCGCACGCCCCUUACUAAGAGGGUCGCGGCCCCGCAGGAUGGAUCCCCUAGAGCCCCAACUUCAGAAACUUCUGGACCACCUCCAGUGGAUCAUCCACCUCCGCCAAAUAGGGCUUCUGGGCCUCCACCUAUGGGGAGUUUUCCUGCUUCUGGUGUGGAGCCCCCAAAUUCCCCAGCCAUUGAGUCUGAGGCUCUGGUAGAAGAUGUGCUGAGACCUUUGGAACAGGCAUUGGAGGACUGCCGUGGCCACACGAAGAAGCAGGUGUACGAUGAUAUCAGCCGGCGCUUGGCACUGCUUCAACAACAGUGGGCUGCAGGGAAGUUGUCAACGCCUGUAAAGAAGAGGAUGGCGCUGCUAGUGCAAGAACUUUUACACCACCAGUGGGAUGCAGCAGACGACAUUCACCGCUCACUCAUGGUUGACCAUGUGACUGAGGUCAGUCAGUGGAUGGUGGGAGUUAAAAGAUUAAUUGCAGAAAAGAGGAGUCUGUCUUCAGAGGAGGCCAAAGAAGAGAAAUCUACAGUGGCACCUGAGAACCAGACAAUACCAAACUUCUAUCAGGCUCCAUAAUCCCGGGGCUCCCCAGACUCACUCCACAUGACUUGCUAUGCCUUGGUG